AUGUCUUCCAAGAGCUCGAAGCCGUCGGAGUCCGGCUCCAAGAAGCAGCACUCCUCUAAGUCAAAGUCAAAGUCAAAGACGGACGAUUGGGCCGACGUCACAGACCCCGAGGAGCGGCGUCGCAUCCAAAAUCGUCUGGCCCAGAGGAAAUUUAGGAAGAAGAACCAAGACAGCAAGGAGAAGGCCGAACGGGACGCGCAUAACGAAGCCAACGCCCACAACACCUAUACAGUUGCCUCACCCUCCAAUACGGCAGCGGAAGAAGAGGAAUCUGGCCUGCCAUGGGGAAGCAUCAACCUCAACCAUGUCAUCACUAGAGGACACGAGUACGAGGACCGCCGUGGCAGCGGCCGCGACGAGUACGUUCGGGAAGAGCCGUACUACACGACCGGGUACGCAGCCAACUACACGGGAGGGUAUCGACAGCCGGCGAGCCACGGGAGUAGUGGGGGCGAGGACUACUACAACGGGGGCGAGUCCCCAUUCUUUUACGACUACGACCAGAGCGGUGAGGCGGGCCUGGGGCAUUUCCAACGGUAG